CGAUCCACUUGAACUCGCUGCAACUUUGAGUGCAGCGAGGCCGCUAAAACGAGCCGGGCUUGACCAUAUUUGGAGUGCCGAACCAUAAGAAGCCCUUCAUGAGUGGCUGCAGCUCUGGUGGGUACCGAAUUGUAGUACAUGAUGAUCUUUUCAGGGGCUUCCAUUUUUGCUCUUGAGCUGGAGGGAAAGAAGACAGAACCCCGCCCAUCAUCAAGGUGGAGUUGAAAUAUUUGUGCCCCUCCUUUAUUAGUUCUCACUACUACAUCCCAUCUACGUUCAACGUCCAAUUUACUUAUUCACCCCCUCUCCAGCAUCCCGCAUUCUCCCCACUCCGUAACAGCCCACUGACACGAUGCCGCCGUUUCGUGCUGAGCAUAUGGGCUCGCUCCUGCGGCCGCAGCGGCUGCUGGACGUGCGCGAGGCCAUGCGCCAAAAGAACCUCACCCCUGAAGAGGCAGGACUGUCGGCAGUAGAGGAAGAGGCAGUUGGGCACGUGGUCAAGCUGCAGCAGGAGCUCGGGUUCAAGGCGGUCACCAGCGGCGAGUACAACCGCACGCGCUUCUGGGGUCUCAUGUGGGAUGAGUUCGAGGGCACGAUCCGCCUGCAGGACGCCGACGAGUCACUCUUUCGGCUCUAUCACCCCGACGUUGUGAGCUUGAUCGAGAAGGAGAGGAAGGUCAUGCCUGGCGAUUCUGUUAUUGCCGGUUCCAAGCUGCGGCAUAACCCCGAGGCUUCCGUGUCGAAUCUUCAUGAGCUUAAGCUGGUGCAGAAGUUCGUGCCGAAGGAGGACUGGGGUCAGAUCAAGCUUACCAUGAUCACGCCGGCUUGGUUUCAUAUGAGAUACAAGCAGGGCCGGGCCUACACCAAGGAGGCGUAUGCGAACGAUGCCGAGUACUUCGCAGACGUCGCCAAGGUUUAUCAACAGGAGCUUGACCAGCUGUACAAGCACGGGCUGCGUAACGUUCAGUUUGAUGAUCCUGGUCUGGCAUAUUUCUGCUCCGACAAGUUCCGCCAAGGCUGGUCCUCGGACCCGGACAACAUCGGCACGGUCGACGACCUGCUCGACGCCUACAUCAAGCUGUACAACGACAGCAUCAGCAAGCUCCCCGCCGAUUUCCACACGGGCGUGCAUCUUUGCCGCGGCAACUUCAUUGGCGGGCGUCAUUUCGCCGAGGGCGCCUACGACAUCAUCGCGCAGAAGCUCUUCACCGAUCUCAACGUCAACACCUUCUACCUCGAGUACGACACGGAGCGGGCGGGCGGGUUCGAGCCGCUCCGGUUCCUGCCCAAGAACAAGAACGUCGUCAUCGGGGCUAUUAGCACUAAAGUCCGCGAGCUGGAGGACAAGGAGGAGGUCAAGCAGCGGAUAUACAAGGCCGCUGAUUUUGUGGCUGAGGGUAGUGGACAGACGAGAGAGGAGGCGCUCAAGCGGAUUUCGAUCAGCCCGCAGUGUGGAUUUAGCACUCAUGAGAGUGGGUACCCGCUGAGUGAGGAGGACGAGAAGAAGAAGUUGGCACUUGUUAGGCAGAUUGCUGACGAGAUUUGGGGGGAGCCUUGAGGCGCUGGCUUAAGGAAUUGGAUCCAUGUCGAUGGCGGCGCUGGAAAACAGAAGGAUGUGCAACAUGUGUGUGGUUCAUUCUGAUUUUGGGAAAAUCGGCGUUAGGGAACAAGGAGAGGACGGGGAGGUGUUUGAUGCAUCUUCAACAUCGCAAGGGACAUAGCAUAAGGCACAUACUGCAGUAGUGGUGCCGGCGUGAAUGGAUAUCAACUUCCAGGGGAAUGUGAAACAGCACAAAGAUCAGAAGUACCGUGACAUUUAUGUAAACGAAGCUGUUUGAAAAACCGUGUUCCGAGCAGUAAACGCAAUGCAGAA